UGUGGCUAAGUGAUUAAUGAUAAAAUUUUCAUUUUGGGGUGGAGUAUCCCUUUAAAGGAUAAUACAAGAUUUCUUCACCUUACAAAUGGUUGUCAAAUGCAGAAAUGCUAUGAAAAGCACAUUUUAUGAGAAAGUGGGACAUGCUAGAACAAAACAAGCACUAUUUUUGAAAUCAGCAUCCCAAAAUUAGUAAGAAACACAUAGGAGUGGAUUUCAGCCGUAGCUUUCGCACACAGUUGCUCUGCUGUCGCCAAAAGAUAUUCAAAUCAAUAGGUCUGUGUCUUGAUUUAACUGCUACCACCUCGCUAUUUCUGCAGGUAUGAAGAAACAACACAACUCAACUCUACUUAGAUUUCAAUGGUUUGUUUGCUCAAAAUCUCUUCGACAGCUAAAGACUGACUCUUAAUAUUUUUCAAAAGCCCACUGUUUUAGAUUUUCCAUCCUAUCUAGUAUUCAAAUGGCUGCUGAAUGCAUGCAUAUUAUCUGUCAGCCACGCUCUCUGUGGUCAAUGACAUAUAAGAGAGCUUCCUCAUCUCAGUCAAACCUGAGCAUUACGGGUGUACUGUGAACAGUGGUUUCCUGCGUAUGGUAUUGUCAGUUCUUUCUUUCAUUUUUCUUAAUUCCGAUUUUUGUUUCCUUCUGUGUGCUUGCAACAUCAUAAAAACAGCCUUUGAAAUGACACCGUUACAAUUCAAAGAUUCUUUUUGGGGCCCAGAAUUCACCAGUAACACCGGAUAUGAGACUCUUAUCCAGAGGUUAUGCGAUGGGCGACGAGCUUGCAAAGAUAUGGAGGAGCUCUUAAGAAUGAGAGCGAUGGCAGAGGAACGGUACGGCAAGGAAUUGAUUACUAUUGCACGCAAGACAGGAGGGCAAAGUGAAAUUGGCACUUUGAAGGCAUCAUUUGACCAGCUAAAAGCCCAAAUGGAGAACAUCGGAAAUUUGCACAUUCAGCUCUCUGGGAUGUUACGAGAAGAGGCCAAACGAAUGGAGCUGUUCAGAGAACGACAAAAGGAGCAGCGAAAAAAGUUUGAAGGGGUAAUGGAAAAGAUUCAGAAGACCAAAGUGUCAUUAUAUAAGAAAACCAUGGAGUCUAAAAGGACGUAUGAACAGAGGUGUAAAGAGGCUGAUGAAGCUGAACUGGUUGCUGAGAAGCUCAACAGUACAUCCACUGUCACCCCCAAACAAUCUGAAAAGACACAAAACAAGGCAAAACAGUGCAGGGACGCAGCAACAGAUGCAGAGAAACAGUACAUGUCAAACAUAGAGCAGCUGGAUAAGAUUCGUCAGGAAUGGGAGACCACGCACGAGUGCACAUGUGAGGUUUUCCAGCAGCAGGAAGAUGAUCGGAUUAACAUUUUAAGAAAUGCUAUUUGGGUCCAUUGUAACCACUUCUCCAUGCAAUGCGUCAAAGAUGAUGAGUGUUAUGAGGAGGUGAGGAAAGUGCUAGAAAUGUGUGACAUCACGGAAGACAUCAACGGUUUCAUCCAGACGAAAAGCACUGGUACCACUUGUGCAGCGCCCAUUGUGUUUGAAAACUAUUAUGAUAAAGAACCAACAACGGACAGCAAUGGCAUCGCACGCUUUGGAGGAGGCGUGAUGAAGAGGUUUUCAAAUCUCUUGCAAGGCAACUGUGCUGUUGGUUCUAGGACUAAUAAUGAUUGUGUUCAGCCAUCAGCACCUCCAUCAGGUAGUUUAAGUUUGAGUUUAUGUGUCUCCAUUCCUGUAUUUCCUCAAGCAACUUCAAACAGUGUUGGCUCUCAAAGCAGCACAUACCAGGCUCUGUAUGACUAUGUUGCUCAGGGCCCUGAUGAGCUCUCCAUCUCUGUGGGGGAAGUGCUGCUCGUGGUGGAACAGGGAGGAGACGGCUGGUGGACGGUGGAGAGGGACGGCCAGACUGGGCUGGUGCCAGGCUCCUACUUGGCCAAGAUAUGAAUCAAGAGUCUAGCGCACACUGGAAAGGCUCUCCAUGUCCUUAAACGCCCUCUAAUAGCAGAGUUAUUAAGGGCACUCCCUAUAAAAGUGUCUCAGAGGAUGAUUUCUGUUUGCUAAAAGCAUUUAAGCAGUAGCACAUCCGUACUGAAAAUCUGUAUGGAACAUAGAAACAGGUUAAUGUGUAUAUUAAAAACUGAUAAUUAUACGCGACUAUCAUUAUUGUCGAGAUAGAGAUUUAUAUUUAUUAUAAAAGUUAUUUAUUGUGAAUGAAAAACGUAAGAAUGUAUAACACAAUGAGUAGCCACUACGGACUUGCCAUGAUUUAGUUCAUGCGAAGACCAUGACAAUGCACAGAUUUUGGUGAACACAAACAGAAUUCCAAAUUUUCAUCUUUUUGGAAAGGUAAUCAAUGAAACAAAAGUGAGGUCAUCUAUAAUUUUUAAAAUUAUAUCAUCUAUAAUAGAGCUCUAGGUUGAGCAUUUUGCAUUUAUCACUUGGACUGCAUAAAAUAAAAGCUGUGUAAUGAUCAUUGCAUCAUGUUGCCGUUGACUGAAUGGAAGUUGAGUAAUGGUUUGAA